UGCCAUCACAAACAAUAACUUGUCUUCCCACUUUCUUAUGCCCUUUAAAUUUCCACACAAACCCUCCUAAGAUAUUGUACUAAGAAAGACGGCUGUUAUUGCUAGACGUCGAGAAUGAAUGGCAAAACAGGCAAUAUCGUUAUAGACAUCGAUUUCUCGACAAAACCCGAACCUCUAGGGGAGAAAGCUGGAAACUUGGCAGCUUCAUGUAAAGCUUCAAUAGGGAGUGUUUUGGGGUUUUGCAAAGAAGACAGAAACCGAGUUUUAUUCUCAUUGAAAGUUGGGUUGGCUGUUGUUUUAGUGUCUUUGCUUAUACUUUUUCGAGCACCUUACGAUGUGUUUGGCACUAAUAUCAUUUGGGCUAUCAUCACUGUGGCCAUCAUGUUUGAAUAUACAGUUGGAGCAACUUUCAACCGUGGUUUCAAUAGGGCGCUCGGAAGCUUGCUUGCUGGAAUCUUGGCCAUUGCUGUUGCCCAACUUGCUCUACGCACAGGCCCUAUUGCAGAGCCCAUUAUCAUUGGCAUUACCAUUUUCCUAGUUGGAAGUGUGACAUCAUUCAUGAAGCUAUGGCCAUCGCUAGUUCCAUACGAGUAUGGGUUCAGAGUUAUACUUUUCACAUACUGCUUGAUAGUUGUUUCUGGUUAUCGAAUGGGGAACCCACUGAGAACUGCCAUGGAUCGCCUCUACUCCAUCGCCAUCGGAGGAUUCGUUGCAGUGUUAGUGAACGUCCUCGUUUUCCCCAUCUGGGCUGGCGAGCAGCUGCACAAGGACCUCGUCGCCACCUUCAACUCCCUCGCUGAUUCCCUCCAAGAAUGUGUGAACAAGUAUUUAGAAGACGAGGGGUCAGUACACAACAUUGGGCAACAGCUUCCCAAGGCUGUAAUGGAUGAAUUUCCUGACGAACCAGCUUAUAAGAAGUGCAAAGCCACCUUGAACUCCUCUGCAAAGUUUGAGGCUUUGGCCACAUCCGCGAAAUGGGAGCCGCCACACGGCAGAUUCAGGCACUUCUUUUAUCCAUGGGCGGAGUAUGUUAAAGUUGGAGCUGUUUUGAGAUAUUGUGCUUAUGAAAUUAUGGCUCUUCAUGGUGUUCUUCACUCUCCAAUCCAGGCUCCAUAUAAGCUCAGAACCACAUUCAAAUCCGAGAUCCAAGAAACAGCAAACCAAGCAGCGGAGCUGUUGAGAAGUUUGGGCAAAGACAUCAACAACAUGCAACAAUCCCUCAAAAUAUAUCUCCUAAAGAAUGUUCAUACUGCAGCAGACAAGCUGCAACAAGCCCUUCACACUCACUCUUAUCCCCUCACUCCCACUUGUGACUCCCUAGACCUCUCUUCCAAGCUUCAGUCCAAGCUCUCGACUGCCUCGUCGAACAGCCUCUAUGAUCUUCCAAGCUUGUUAGCUGAGAUCAACGGCAAUGGGACUCAGGCAGAGGCUUGUGUUGAGUUAGUGAGGAAGCAGUCGAGAAGGCAGCAUUCAUGGCCAUUGAGGGAAAUGGAUGUUUUCGACGAUGGUGGGGGUGUUCCCGUCGAGUAUUUACAGAGGAUGAGGAAGCAAGAGAGUACUGCAGCCAUGUCACUGGCUAACUUUACUUCCUUGCUCAUCGAGUUCGUGGCUAGGCUCGACUAUUUGGUCGAAACCGUGGAUGAGCUUUCUAAGAUGGCCAAGUUCAAAGAUAAAAUCAUUAGCUGAAGCUCAUCAACAGAGAUAUUGAUAUGUAACGGAAGCCAUGUGGUUUCCAUCAAUAGAAAAUUGUUACCCUUUGUUCCUUUCCUCUGCAA